UUAUAGAGAAGUUGGCUGUGGACCUAUGCCUCCUCUCUCCUCCUCCGAUAUGGCUGCCAGGAGACCGGUUAGCCCCAGCAUCGUGUGUGGACACCAGUCAGAAGAGAGUGGCCCCCACCUCCUAUCUUUAAGUCCCCCAUCUCUCUUGGCCAGCUACUGCUGUCACUAAGGAACUAGGCUACUCUCUGCAUAGUAGGAGUUUUUGCACCUCUCCUUCACAGGACGACACAGGAGCUCUACCUUUUGAAUUUGAGUCUUCUCUGUCUCACGCUCAUACUCUCCUGUCACCUCCCUAUUUCUCUCUCCAUCUCUCGAGGGUUGUUCAUGUCGCACAGGGACCUUGCUUACAGGUCUGACACUUUUUCGUUGUUGCUUUAGAGUAAUUUUGUAUCACCCUGUCUGAGAGGAUGAAGGAGCAGGAACAUUGGAGAAGAUGAUACUUUGGGCUGGCCUGCUCCCCUGGGGUUAAGGAAAUUGUCAAUGGUCGCCACUCAAUGCCACAUAGAGCCUCAACUCAACGGGAGAAGUAGUGGAAGAAUACGUUUGGUUCACCACAACAUUUGAGUUCCAGUGCUGUCUUAGCCCGUGGAAGUAGCUGUGGAGUACCUGGGUCUGUGCAUCUGGGACAGAUAAUCAUGGGCAAUGCCGCUGGGAGCAUGGAUGUGCCACCGGGGAAGGAGGUGAAGACGGUGUCAGCCCCCCCAGGCUCAGGGGCCCCCCAGAAACAGGCGGCAGGCCCCAAACUCCCCAUGCCUGCCGAGGAGGAGUUAGAGGAGCGCUUCAAUGCAGUGCUGAACUCCAUGAAUCUGCCUCCAGACAAGGUGACGAUCCUGUGUCAGUAUGACAACGAGAAGAAGUGGGAACUGGUCUGUGAUCAGGAACGAUUCCAAGUGAAGAAUCCUCCCUCUGCUUACUUGCUGAAGCUCAAAAGUUAUCUUGACCAGGGAGGGGUCAGUCGCAAGUUCAAGAGGCGGGUCCAGGAGUCCACACAGGUCUUAAGAGAGCUGGAGAUUUCCCUGAGGACCAAUCAUAUCGGCUGGGCUCAGGAGUUUCUCGGUGAGGAGAACAGAGGUCUGGACGUCCUGGUUGACUACCUGUCCUUCGCCCAAUGUGCCGUCACCUAUGACAUGGAAAGUUUGGACAAUGGGACUUCCACACCAGAAAAAUCGGUGGAGGACUUGACGAGGAGUGCCAGUAACUCUCCAACCCAUGGCGGUUCUAAAGCUGCUCGUGUCCUUACUGUGAGAUUCAACUCUCUCCACAACAGGAAAGCGCUGAGGAAGUCCCGCCUUGUCAGUCAGAAAGACGACGUUCACCUCUGCAUCAUGUGUCUACGUGCCAUCAUGAACUACCAGUCUGGGUUUAACCUGGUGAUGACCCACCCAUGCUGUGUGAACGAGAUCACGCUCAGCCUCAACAACAGGAACCCCAGGACCAAGGCCCUGGUGCUGGAGCUGCUGGCUGCCGUGUGUCUAGUGAGGGGGGGUCAUGACAUCAUCCUCUCCGCCUUCGACAACUUCAAAGAGGUAUGUGGAGAGAAGAGCCGCUUUGAGAAGCUCAUGGAGUAUUUCUGCAAUGAAGAAAGCAACAUUGACUUUAUGGUGGCGUGCAUGCAGUUCAUCAAUAUUGUGGUCCACUCAGUGGAGAACAUGAACUGUAGGGUCCAUCUGCAGUAUGAGUUUACCCACCAUGGCCUGGAUGACUAUCUAGAGAGGUUAAAGUUCACAGAGAGUGACCGGCUGCUGGUGCAGAUCCAGGCCUACCUGGACAACGUGUUUGAUGUGGGGGCUCUGCUGGAGGAUGCAGAGACCAAGAACGCCCUGUUGGAACACAUGGAGGAGCUGCAGGAGCACAAUGCACAGAUAAGCAGCAGACUGGAAGAGAGCGAGAGGGAGGCGUUGGAGAAAGUGUCUGAGCUGGAGAAGCAACUCAUCCAGACCACCAAAGAGGUGGAGCUCCUAAAGGAGAGUCUGCGUGAGUCCUGUGCCCAGGGGACCAUUCUACAACAGCGGGAGAUAGAGCGAGAGAUAGAACGAGAGAGGGAAAAAGAGCGGGCGAGGGAUAGAGAUCGUUUGGUCCAGGCCUUAGCGGAGCUGGAGGAGAAAGUUCAGGGGCUUGUGUGCCAGGGGCUGAUUCGAAUGGAGCGCACGUCCUCGGGACACCUGGACCUCCAUGUGGUCCCUGUCAUCCCUCCUGUUUCCAUCCCUGCAAAAACAGAACACAUCGCGACUGUCGAGGGCCCUCCCACAUCAGUAGUCCUUCCCCCUCCUCCACAAUUAGCUGGUACAACAGAGGCCACAGCACAUGCCCCUCCUCCCCCCGCCCCUCCUCCUCCUCCUCCUCCCCCUACAUGCUCGACUGCACCACCUCCUCCGCCCCCACCUCCUCCAGCGGGUGGUAUGCCCCCACCACCUCCGGGCGGUGGAAUGCCCCCACCAUUUGGGGGUAUGCCUGAUGGACACACUGGUAACAGAAACAAGAAGCCCAUUCAGACUAAGUACCGUAUGCCUUCACUCAACUGGCAGGCCCUUAAACCCAACCAGGUGUCUGGAACCGUCUUCAAUGAGCUGGAUGAUGAGCUCGUGCUGGGGGUGCUAAACAUGGAUGCCUUUGAGGAGCAGUUUAAGACCAAGGCCCAGACUGCCCCGGCUGACGUGGGGCCCCUGAGAGCGAAGGUGGCCCAGAAGACCCCCAGCAAAGUGUCCCUACUGGAGCCCAACAGAGCCAAAAACCUUGCCAUCACCCUGCGCAAGGGAGGCAUGGCCGCCUCAGACAUCUGUACUUCCAUAGAGACGUAUAACCAGGAAACUCUGAGCCUGGACUUCCUAGAGCUGCUGGAGCGUUUCAUCCCCUCAGAGUACGAAGUCAAGCUCAUCCAGAACUACGAGCGAGACGGGAGGCCCCUGGACGAGCUCCCCGAGGAGGACCGCUUUAUGGUACGCUUUGGCAAGAUCCCCCGCCUGCCCCAGCGCAUCAGUACGCUCACCUUCAUGGGCAACUUCCCAGAGAGCAUCCAGCUCAUCCAGCCGCAACUCAAUGCAAUCAUCGCUGCCUCAAUGUCAAUCAAGUCCUCUAGCAAGCUGAAGAAGAUCCUUGAGAUCAUCCUAGCAUUUGGAAACUACAUGAACAGCAGCAAGAGAGGAGCAGCCUAUGGGUUCCGCCUGCAGAGUCUCGACUUGCUGUUAGACACCAAGUCCACAGACCGGAGACAGACUCUGCUUCACUUCAUAGUGAACAUCAUCCAGGAGAAAUACCCCGAGCUCCAAACCUUCCACAGUGAGCUGUACUUCUUGGACAAGGCUGCUCUGGUGUCCCUGGACAGCAUUCUGCAGGACGUGCGUGCCCUGGAGAGGGGCAUGGAGGUGACCCGGAAGGAGUUUGCCAUACACGAAGACAACUCUGUGUUGCAGGAGUUCCUCACCAGCAACAAUGACCUGCUGGACUCUGUAGUAGGAGAUGGCAAGACAGCCCAGGAUGUGUAUGAAUCAGUGGUGGAGUACUUUGGAGAGAACCCUAAAACCACACCUCCCUCCAUGUUCUUCCCUGUCUUUGUUAGGUUCAUCAAGGCCUAUAAGCAAGCAGAGCAGGAGAAUGAGCAGAGGAAAAAGCAGGAUGUGUUGUCCAGUGAAUGGAAAACUGGGCCACUGUCAACCUCGCCUAAGCCUGAAACAUCCCAGAAGCAGGUACCCAUGAUGCCCCAGAUGGAUCUGAUAGCGGAGCUGAAGAGGCGGCAGGUGACCCCCCUGGUUCGGGAGGGCAAGGAUGGAGCCAUCGAGGACAUCAUCACAGACCUGAGGAACCAGCCAUACAGACGGACAGACGGGUCCCGAGUCAGCGCCAAGUGGAAGCCCAGACAGAAGCUCCAAGUCUCCUCCGACAUCUUCCUGUGAAACACUACACACACACGCUUGCUUACACAUACACUUGCUUUACACACACGCUUGCUUACACACACGCUUACUUGUGCGCACACACACACACACUCCAUUCAAAGCAUCACCCUCAUUUAAAUGCAUUGACAUAGAGCGCACAUAAACUUGAAAUAAGUCCCCUAGGCUUAGCCCAGCAUGGCAGGUGAUUGGUUCUACCUGUGGUUCUACCCACAGCAAACCUCCACCCUCUAAGUAGAGCUUUAGGAAUAUUAGACUGUGAGGUGCUGUCUCCUAAUACCUCUCUGAUCCACAACAAACACCUACAGUAAAUACACUAUAUUCCUCAUCAUAAACUGGGUGAUUCGAGCCCUGACUGCUGGCUGGCUGAAAGGCGUGGUAUAUCAUAUAUGAUAUACCGUAUACGACGGGUAUGGCAAAACAUUUAUUUGCACUGCUCUGAUUACGUUGGUAACCAGUUUCUAAUAUCAAUAAGGCACCUCGGGGGUUUGUGAUAUAUGGCCAAUAUACCACGGGCUAAGGGCUGUGUUCUAGCACUUUGUGUUGCGUCGUGCCAAUGAACAGCCCUUGGCCGUGGUAUAUUGGCCAUAUACCAUAACUCCGCAGGCUUUUACUGAAGUAAACACUUCCUAUUUCUACAUAAUGUUAGUGGAGUAAGGGCUUGGCCAUGGAUGGACUUUAUAGUUCAACGGAAUGAUUUAAACCCUCAUUCUCUACAAUCCUCAUUUGAGCUUUAGGACCCGUGUAUGGGAGGUUCAGCACUGGGACAGUGUACAUUAAGUAACAAUCAGUGAAAGCUAGCAAGACUACAUUUGUCUUUCAUAGUGAAUAGUUUGUUCUAUUUGUGGUACUCAGAUGGCUGCAGAUUGUCAAACCCCAAUAACUGCUGUAUCUGGUGUAAAGGCAUAUUGACCUGUCUGUCUGUCUGUCUGUCUGUCUGUCUGUCUGUCUGUCUGUCUGUCUGUCUGUCUGUCUGUCCUAGGACAAGUAGGAUUACGACAGCUCAGAAUGAAGCUUAGAACAUGAUUUGUAUUAUAUUCAAAAUAUUUGAAUGGAUAACCCUCUCUUUGUUUCACUAUUUUGGGUUUGAACUAAUAAAUAUUUUAUACUGUGA